AUGUCCCGAGAGUUCUCUGGUUCAUUUCCCGGGCCCGACCAGAUGUCGUUGCCGAAGAUAUAUGCCAAUGGGGACCAUCGCCUGCGACACCUCCCGCACCUCCCGCCCAUGCCGUCUCCGCCCCCGCCCAAACGGUACAAAUCCGAGUCGAACCCACCGAGCGAAGUUGGCAGCCGGUACUACUCCCACUCCGUGGGCGCCAGCGAGCGAGCUCGAUCACGACAACCGUCCACCGCCAUGGACCUUUGCACCAUGAUCGAUCGAGAUCCGGUGGAUACAGAUCCCAGGAGGAACGCUCGCUUCAUGAGCAAUGGGUCGGUAGCGACGCAGGCGUCCGCAGUGUCCAACGCCUCGCAUCUCUCGCGAUCAUCCCCCGUUAUAUACUCAGACCGCAAAAUCCCCGAAAAGUACCCCUGUUAUAAAGAAAACGGCCGAUUGUACCACGGUUAUCGAAAGGGUGUCUACCCACUCCCGUGUGACGAAGAAGAGCAGGACCGCCUCGACAUCUUCCACAAACUGUUCACGGUAGCCCGGGCGGGGGAUGGACUGAUCUAUGCACCACUCCCACCAAAGCCCAGAAUUUUGGAUCUGGGCUGCGGCACAGGGAUUUGGAGCAUUGAAGUGGCCAACAAGCUUCCCGACGCCUUUGUGGUCGGAUGCGACCUCGCCCCAAUCCAGCCAGCAAACACCCCCAAGAACUGCGAUUUCUAUGCCCCCUUUGACUUCGAAUCUCCCUGGACUCUGGGCGACGAUUCCUGGGAUCUCAUCCAUAUGCAGAUGGGCGCCGGCAGCGUCGCCAGCUGGCUCAGCCUCUACCGUCGCGUCCACCAACAUCUUCGACCGGGCGGCUGGUUCGAGCAGAUCGAGAUCGACCUGCGGCCGCGCUGUGAGGAGAAGGACCCCGGGCGGGCUUUGUCCAGCUGGUAUUCAACGCUGCGGCAUGCGACUGAAUCCACCAUGCGACCCAUGGCGCACAGCACCAGCGAGACGAUCCGGAACCUCCAGAGCGCAGGCUUCACCGAGAUCGACCACCAGAUCGUCGGGCUCCCUCUGAAUCCAUGGCACAAGGAUGAGCAUGAGCAGAAGGUCGCCCGCUGGUAUAACCUGGCUAUCUCGGAGAGCGUGCUCCCGCUGAGCUUGGCGCCUUUCAGCCGCGUCCUUGGCUGGACCAGAGAGCAGAUCGAUCGGAUUGCUGCAGAUGUGAAGCAGGAGGCCUUUGACAAAAAGACCCACACCUUCAACCUACUGCAUAUAUAUCAGGCACGGAAGCCCCUUGUCCCCGUGCCUGUGGAUUGA